AUGAAGGAAAACAACAUUUUAAAAUAGUUAAAUGAUUUUAAAAGUUAUAACUAAAAUGAGAAAAGAAAAGACAAUUCUAUAUUUCAAAUUUAAAAGGAAUCCAAAAGAUUUAUUUUAUAAGUAAUAGUCUAUUCAACUUAAUUAGAAUGAUGAUUUACGUUAAAAAUAUAAUAAUAGUACUUAACUUUUGAAAAAGAAUUUUUCUAAGACCUUUUUAGAUGAGUAGAAUUAGGAUCAAGGUUAUUUUGAUAAUUUAUCAAGCCAUAACUUUAAGAAUCCUUUAGUUUCGAAAGAAUCAUACCUUUGCUUAAUAGAAAAUAAUAAAUCAAAUGAAAUUUUAGCAACAAAAUAUUAGUUAAAUAAUAAAAUAAUUGAUUAAUUUGCAUUAAACUAAUAAUAAUCAAUAAAAACACUUAAUAAGUCUCUUAAUAUUUUUAAUAAUAAUGAGCCUAAAAAAGUAGCAUUUGCUGCAGAUUGUAUAUUUUAUGAUUCCUCCAAAAAGAAAAAAAAUGGUGAAAAUUAAGAAUAAUUAAAAAGAAAUAAAAUAAAUAAUAGAGAGAUUAAAUAAUCCUUAUUUUUAAGGGAAUAAGAGUUAGAAAGAAAAAAAUUAGAUUCUUUAGAUAAUAUUUAUUUGUAGGUGCAAGGACAAAAAUAAGUAGAUGAACUACUUAAAGAAGGACAAUCAUUUUGUUCAAUUAAAAUAUAGAAAAAAAAUACUAUUGAUUUUAAAAGAUCUGUCUAAUUAAAAAGCAGUUUUGAAGAACAUAUUAACAAUUAUUAAUAAAAUGACAAUAAAUAUUUUGAAUAUAAUAAACUACUAAAAUAUAUAUUUACGAAAGAUUACUUUGAAUCAACAAAAUAAGAAUUUGAAAUUAAUAAAAUACCAACACAAUUUUAAAAUUGGGAGCAAUAUAGUAAAAUUUUUUAAUAAUUUUUUUUAAAUGAAGCUUGCACUUAGAUUAAACAAAAUUUUAUUGAAUUUAUAUUCAAAAUGAAUAAACAUAAUAGAUAUAGAAAAAUUUAAAUAAAAUUAGAUGAUUAAGAGGUUAAUAGAGAUGAAACUAUAUUUUAGAUAAGAAAGGUUUAUGAAGAAUAAAAAAUAGAAUUUAGCUAAUCUCUGGAAAAUAAUAUAGAUAAUUAAAAAAAUUUAGGUGUAAAAGGAGUAAGUUUUGAAGAUAUUGAAGAUGGACACUGUGAAUUGCCAUCAUUAAAAAAUUAUUUAGUAAUUAUUAGCAAUAAAUUUCAAAUUAAAUUGAGUUAGUUAAAUGAAAUAAAUGAUAAAACAAUGCUUUUUUUUGGAAUACUAAUUGAACCUUAAAAAGCAACAUCAAUUUCGCAGAUGAGACUUCAAACUUUUAUAAAUAGAUCAUAAAUCAUUUAAUCUAAGUGGUAUAAUGUUUUUCUCAUACCAUUUAUUAAGAUAACUACUAUAAUUAGAGAGUUUUAAACUCUUACAUAGUUACGUUAUAUGAUGACACCUUUAAUUAACAUAAUUUAUGAUCCAAACAAAUAAUAGCAUUUAUUAGGAACUGAAAUAGGGGGUUCAUGGACAGCAUAAUUUAGUAAUUAGAUAUCAAAUAUUGAAUGUUUGAAUAAAUUUUUUAAAUUGGUUGAUCAAAAAUAUAAUUAAAGUUAAGCUAAAUCUAUAAAAGAAAUAUUAUAACAAGAGAAGGGAAUAAGCUUACUUUAAGGACCAGUAAAAUUUAUUGAUAAAAUUAGCCUGGAACUGGUAAAACUUAAACUUUAAUUGGUCUAUUAUCUGGAGCUUAUGAAUACAUGAAAAUUACAGAUAAAUUUCCAAGAAAAAAAAUAUUGGUAUUGCGUUAAUUUAAUAAUUAGAUAUGCGCUCCAUCAAAUGCAGCAAUUGAUGAAAUUAUAUUAAGAAUUAUGAGAGCAGAUAGUUUAUUUGAUUCUGAGGGUAAGCCCCCAUAAGUUAAAUUAAUUAGAAUAGGAUUGAUCGAUGAAUAAAGUGAUUAUUCAGAUACAAUUAAAAAGGUCUCUUUAGAAUAUUUAGCUUAAAGUAUGUUGUUAAAAUCUCAAAUUGUAAAGUAGGAGACAGACUAAAAGACAACUGCUGACUUAAGAAUAGAAAUUUGCAAAAUUUAAAAUUAAAUAAAGAAAAUAUAAAAGAUGAAAAAUUAAGAACCUAUAAAUAUUGAAUAAUUAUCAAAUUUGAAAUAAGAAUUAUCAAUAAAAUAAAAACUAUUAGAAAGAAUGAAAACAAAUAAAAUAUUAUAUAAAGAAUAAUAUAUCUAAUUUUGUGAAAAGAUCUUGAAUGAAUGUGAGAUCAUUUGUAGCACUUUAAAUUCAAGCGGGUCUGAUAAAUUGUCUAAAUAUCUGGAUUAAAUUGAAUUAUUAAUAGUAGAUGAGGCUGCUUAAUGUACUGAGCCAUCUAAUAUUAUUCCAUUAAGAUUGGGUGUUGAAAAAAUGAUUUUGAUUGGAGAUCCAAAAUAAUUAGCUGCAACUACUUUUUCUGUUAAAUCAAGUGCAAAUUUAUACAAUAGAAGCCUAUUUGAAAGAAUAUUAGAUAACAACUUCUAGCCUUAUUUCUUAAAUGUCCAAUAUAGAAUGGACAGUGAAAUCAGAAAAUUCCCAUCUUUUGAGUUUUACAAAAACAAACUUAUAGAUCAUGAAUCAGUAAUACAUAGGGAAUUACCAAAAAAUUAUUUUUAAAAAAAAAUGCUAUUUUUAGAUAUUAUUGAUGGAUAAGAAAAAAGAGAUAACACUUCUUUUAUUAAUGAGAAAGAAGCUAAUAUAGUAAUUUAGUUGUUAUAAAACAUAAAAGAAUAUUUUGAAAAUUAAACAAUAGGUGUUAUAUCAUCCUACAAAGCUUAAGUUAAAUUAAUUUAAUCAUUAAUUAAGUCAAGUAAAUCAAGCAUAAAAGAUGUGGAUAACAAAAUUUUAACUGUUAAUACGGUUGAUUCUUUUUAGGUAUUUCUUAAUCUAAAUUAAGGGUUAAGAAAAAGAUAUUAUCAUUUUUAGUUGUGUCAGAUCAUCCGAUUGUAAAGGAAUAGGGUUCUUAAGUGAUGGAAGAAGAAUUAAUGUAGCAUUAACAAGAGCUAAAUAUGCCUUAUUUGUUAUAGGCAAUGGAUUAACAGUAUUUAUUUUACUAUUUUAGUUAUCGAAAGGUUAGUUAUGGAGAAACUUCCUAUUAAAUAUGUAAGAAAGAGAACUCUAUAGAAAAAUAGAUUCUAUCAAAAAAUAUUCAUUUUAAAAUAUCCUUAAAGAUGAAUGGGAAGAUGAAGAUAAAAAAAUGGCAGAUAAAUUAAUUGCCAACUUAUCAUCUAAAAGAAUCUUUAAUGUUUGA